GUCUGUGUGAUUGAAGUCACUGCACCUUCUCUGGGCAUCUUGUUGCAGAGUUUAAUUGCUCUCAUUGGAAAUUUUUUACUUUUGUCAUUAAAACGCUUCAGAGAACCAAAGCAUGAAAGACGUCCCUGGAGGAUAUGGUUUUUAGAUACUUCCAAGCAAGCCAUAGGGAUGUUGUUCAUCCACUUCGUAAAUGUCUAUUUAUCAAGCCUUACAGAAGAAGACCCUUGUUCACUGUACCUUAUCAACUUCUUGUUAGAUGCCACAUUAGGAAUGCUGUUAAUCUAUGUUGGUAUACGUGCAGUCAGCAGCAUUGUGGAAUGGCAGCAGUGGGAGACCCUUCGCUUUGGUGAAUAUGGUGACCCAGUGCAGUGGAGUGCUUGGGUGGGCCAGUGUGUCCUGUACAUAAUGAUUAUGGGAUUUGAGAAAACCAUCAUCAUUAUAGUGCUUCUUAUACCUCAGUGGAAAGAGGUAGCUUUAUUGAAUCAUAUAGAGAACCCCCAGUUGGAGCUGGCUAUCGUCAUGCUGAUAGUUCCCUUCUUUGUUAAUGCAUUAAUGUUCUGGGUAGUAGAUAAUUUUCUUAUGAAGAAAGGGAAGACAAAAGCUAAACUUGAAGAAAAGGAAGCGGGACAAGAUUCAAGAAAUGGAAGUAAAGUCCGAUACAGGAGAGCAGCAUCACAUGAAGAGUCAGAGUCAGAGUCAGAAAUCCUUAUUUCAGCAGACGAUGAGAUGGAGGAAUCAGACGCUGAAGAGGACCUCCGUAGACUGACAAACUUAAAGCCCAUUAAGAAAAAGAAACAUUGUUUUGGUCUGCCUGUAUGA